AUGUCUCACGAGGAAGAUCUUAUCGACUACUCUGAUGAGGAGCUUCAGACCACCACAGCACCAGCCACCACUGCUGCGCCUGCAGCCACCAAUGGCGAUGCCGACAAGCAGGGUGACUUGACUGUAACCGGCGGCCGUCCCGACAAGAAGGGCAGCUACGUCGGUAUCCACUCCACCGGUUUCCGCGACUUCCUGCUGAAGGGUGAACUUCUGCGCGCCAUCACCGACUGCGGCUUCGAACAUCCAUCGGAGGUCCAGCAAGUUUGCAUUCCGACUUCCAUUUUGAACGUCGAUGUUCUUUGCCAGGCCAAGUCCGGUCUCGGUAAGACCGCGGUCUUCGUUCUCACCACCCUUCAUCAAUUGGAGCCCGUUCCUGGCGAGUGCCAGAUCCUGGUUAUGUGCCACACCCGUGAGCUUGCUUAUCAGAUCAAGAACGAGUACGCCCGUUUCUCGAAGUACUUGCCCGACGUUAAGACCGCGGUCUUCUACGGUGGUACCCCGAUCCAGAAGGAUGUCGAAAUCCUGUCCAACAAAGAGACCCACCCCAACAUUGUUGUUGCCACUCCCGGUCGUCUUAACGCGCUGGUCCGUGACAAGAAAUUGUCCCUGCGCAACGUGAAGGCCUUUGUUCUCGACGAGUGUGACAAGAUGCUUGACCAAAUUGACAUGCGCCGUGAUGUCCAGGAAAUUUUCCGUGCAACUCCCGCCGACAAGCAGGUCAUGAUGUUCAGUGCCACCCUCUCCCAGGAGAUUCGUCCCAUCUGCAAGAAGUUCAUGCGCAACCCGCUGGAGGUCUAUGUCGAUGAUGAUACCAAGCUCACCCUCCACGGCUUGCAACAGUACUACAUCAAGCUCGACGAGAAGGAGAAGAACCGCAAGCUGAAUGAGCUUUUGGACAACCUCGAGUUCAAUCAGGUCAUCAUCUUCGUCAAGAGCACCCAACGUGCCAACGAGCUAGACAAGCUGUUGCGCGAGUGCAACUUCCCCAGUAUCGCAGUUCACUCUGGUGUCAGCCAGGAGGAGCGUAUCAAGCGCUACAAGGAGUUCAAGGAGUUCAACAAGCGCAUCUGUGUUGCCACUGAUGUCUUCGGCCGUGGUAUUGAUAUCGAGCGCAUCAACCUCGCCAUCAACUACGAUCUCCCUGCCGACGCUGACUCUUACCUGCACCGUGUUGGUCGUGCCGGUCGUUUCGGUACCAAGGGUCUUUCUAUCUCCUUCGUCAGCAACGAGGAUGACGAGAAGGUCCUCAAGGAGAUUGAGAAGCGCUUUGAGGUUGCCCUCCCUGAGUACCCCGAGGCUGGUGUUGACUCCACCACCUACAUGGCUUAGGCAUGUCUAGGUGUAAAACUUUGUUGAUUUGAAAUUUCUUUUCCUCUUUUCAAUUGUUAUGGCGCACUAGCUCG